ACGAUACUGAUGUCCGAAUCGACCCUAAAUUAAUCACAAAGAAACAAUAUGCCCGAAUGUUUGAUGUAUAUUACGCAGAAAAAGGAGAUCAGCUUAACUUAAAUAGCGGACGUCGAUUAGGACCUAUUUUGCACGACAAACAGGCUUGCAUAGAAUUUGCAAAGGCAUACAAGAAAGAUUUCAUGAGGCUCAGAAAAUACGAUUUCGUGAGAAAGAUAUUUUACAGAGCGAUACUAACGCUCGUAUGUAAAUAUCAUUAUGCCAGCAAACAUGACCUUUGGUUCGGACAUUUGACCCCAUUAAUAAUUUCGUAUAUGGGAUACAACGGACUUAAUUUUUAUCGGUCGUUGUGUACAAGUGUAUGGGCUGACAACAUAGGAGAUGAUGUGACAAUUGCCUUUGAUCGAUGCUGUCAAUAUAUGUUUGAGAGAAGUCCGCUUGUGGAUAAUACUGGAAACAAAAUACCCGUUGUGCUACCAAGAGCGAUAUACAGAUUAUGUAAGGAACCACCCUUCAAAAUGAGCGAAAACGAACGUGAGCUGUCUCGAUGGUUGUUGAAUGUGUACGUGUCUAAGCAGUUUAAUUACUUGCCUACCUUUGUGGAGUACGUUUAUAAGAAAGUACGUGAUGGUGAAUGCAAGCUGGUUCCGGAUCCAAACAGCGACAAAUAUGACAUUACCAAAUACAAUAAGGAAACUGGUGUGUGCCAACACGAGAACAUUGCCAACAUGGUGAUUCCUCUGCAGAAUUUGCUAUUUAAGACGAUCCUGCAUAAUAUGACGUUUUAUGACCCCGACACUCCAGUUGAUGUCAUGUUCAAACUCCACGAAAAUUUGGGAAACAUAAUCAAUCAACAGAGACAAGUCAAACUUGAACCGACCGUUGCUGACUUGAUAACGAACGAAGCAUACAGUUCAGACUAUCUCGUAUUUUGCAACGGCACCACUUACAAUUGUCAAACUGCAACAUUUGAGAAGUGGAGUGAACGACACGUGUGCAUGCAUCGAGUCGAGUUAGACCCCAGUCUCGGUGAACGUGACUUGAUCGAGCACUACACGAUCGAGAUUCAUCCGCUCAGAGGAGGGAAACAGUAUUUGCAUCGCAUGAUACACCACUUCAUUUAUUACGUACAUGAGCAGUUGAACGUCAAGAAUGCGUACCGCACUCAGUUUGCAACACAUGAUAUGACGACGGAAUAUAGAAAGGCCGAGCUCAAGCUGAAGAAGAUGAAUCCUGCGACCAAUCCUGAUGCGUAUGUGGAGCAAGCUGAACGCGUUGCCAGAACGAAGAUGGCGUUUGAAAAGGCAAUGCUGAAAUCCAUGUAUGCGAUGCAUGGCAAGGAAGCAGUGGAAGAUAUAAUAAGCAGGUGUGAAGAAAACGACGAGGAGUAUGUACGGCUGUUUGAAGAUGCAUGUACUCAUUAUGCAGUGCUUUCGUUCUUGGACUCACAUCCUGACGUGUACAAUGAGAUAAUCGAAAAGAUGCAAUUUGGUAGCUCCGAAUUGGACGAUGGAGGUCCCGUUGUACUCGUUAAGCACCAACUUACGUACGAAGAGAAACUUUGGGCCAUUUUUGAUGAUCUGUUUGGAUCGAGAACAAACAGUACGAUGGUAAUGAAGUUUCUCGCUCUUGCAAUGCGCAAUGGAGAAAAUGGACGUCACAUGCUGUAUUUGCAUGGAGAAGCAGCAAAUGGUAAAUCUCUAUUCAUGAACAUUUUGGCUGCUAGCAUGGGAGGAUCCAGAAGCAAGCUAGUCAUCAAUCUCAAUGGAGAAUAUUUUACCAACCGUAAUGGCAACACAUUAGACGCUACGUUUAGGGGUGUCAACCCUGACGUGCGGUAUCUGUUUGUCUGUGAAAUGCCCGUGUUAGACAUGGGUAAUAGAGGCAUACGUCUGCUCAAGCGAUUCACAGGCAACGACAUGGUCUCCGUUCGAGCGCCGUAUGCUACCAAGAAUAGAGAGUUUCGUAACACAGCCAAGAUCGUUGCUACGUCUAAUGAGUUGCCCUACUUUAAAGCAGUGGAAACUGCUGAAAUCACGCGGUUUCUCAUCAUGUCAAUGCGUGGUUUCUUUAUGACUUCCAUUGCUACGAUCCGAAUGAUGCAUUUGAUUUUUGCAGUCAAUGCAAGGGCUCAAUGUAUGCUUUUCAAUAUGGACGUGAAUAUAGAUGAAGGAGGUGGAGAAGGAAAUGUUACCAGCAACUACAACAACGAUGAUGAGUUGUUUGACGGUCUAAUACGAAUGGAAGACGAUGAAAAUACCAAUAGUCAACAACAACCAUGCUUCCCCAUGCUAUUUUCAGAUCUGGUGGAGAUGGACAACCAAAGGGCCAAUGUAAUGUUUGAAUGUGACGACUUGACUGCCUUGAAGACCAUUUUGACGGAAAACACGUCUAUUUUUAGGGAAUACAAGGCACCUCAACUACGACACGUACCAGUGGUACGCUACAUGUACGGCGACAAGAAUUUACUUAACAACAACGUUAUAGAAAAAUUUGGAGCUGCACUGAUUCGGAUCUUGACUAACCACAUCAUUCCAGAAAUGGGAGGUAUCACUAACGAUACCGUGCAAGAAUGCAACAAGAUGUUUGAUAAUUUUAUUAUGCACAAUCAUAAUUCAUUAAAGACGUACAAGAGUGUCAUGGUUGCAUUGAUCGUGUCAAAGAUUGUAAAAGUUAGAAAUAAGCGCAUGUUUGUAGAGGUAGAAAAGCUACGAGAAUCGAUCAAAAAUGAUCUUGCGACGAUUAAAAAGACAUGCAUAAACGACAUGUAUGGAACAUUCUAUUCCAAUUCUAAAUCCAUUCCUCCAGAGAGUGAUGUAUCUGGAUAUUUUGCAUCCGAAGAAAUAUUUAUACAUGCGUUAGGUUUACUUGGCUUCAAGAUUGACAGUUACAUGGGUACGGCAGGAAAAGCGCCCUAUGGAACUAAAGUGAUAUAUGGAUAUAUUACCAUUCAGGAAUACAACGCUUUUGUCAUGAAAGGAGUUCAGCAGCAAAUUAUUUUUGAUGCAAUCAUUAACGAUAUGCAUUUGAAGCAAUAUCAUAACGUGUAUCCUCCCAAUGUAGACCAAGAUAUAUACACACGAGAACAUUUCAUGUUACCAGUAGUGGGAGUACCAAAAGACAAAUACGGUACUCGUUACGAAAAACCAUCAGUCAGUGAGAUCAAUGUUUCUUAUCAAGAUUUCAAAUCUGCUAAAGGUCCACUAUUACGGUCACUAAAAGAAGUGAAGGCAUAUAAUGAUUUAAUAACUGCUGAAAUUAUAAACGGGACAUCACAUAAUAUACAAGCUACACAGCGACGUAAAGGAGGUGGUUCUGGUAGAAAGAGAGCAAAGACUUGCAGUAGUGAUAUUAUAUCUUGAACAAGUCGAAGAUGGAACAGACUAUGCCUAAUCUUCCCAACAACGUUUAUAAUUUAACAACGAAAAACUACGUCUUUGUUGAUUUAGAACCGGAAAUUAUGACGUUUCUGGCAUCGUUAGAUGAAGAGUGUCAUGAAGACUAUGAGAUCGUCACUGAUGAUGUUGUAAAGACACAGCAAGAACCGACAAACAGAGAAGCAUCGAGUAACAAGGAGAAAAAUGUCUGCAAAAAAGGA